AUGUCCAGUAACAAAUUGGGUGGUAUAGGCGAUGGAGCACAUCCCUUAAGACCAUAUUAUGAUCAUGAUACGUUUAAUGCGGGAUAUUCAGUAAUAUUCAAACCAGGGAUUGGAUUAGUAGAUACUGAAUAUAAUAAAGCAAUAACUCCAUCAUUAUCAAGUUCAAUUAUAGAACAAUCAGUUAAUGAGAAUACUGGAGGGAAAUUAAGAUACAUUCCUGGAGGAGGAGUUGGUAUUCAUGGAACUAGUCGUAGAUUUGGUAAUUCAUCAUCAUCAAUCCUUUCUGGUAGUAGUAAUGAUAAAAACUAUAUAUAUGAUUUGGAAUUUCAAGAAUAUUUUGAUACUAAUAAUUUAACUGAAUUAUUUAAAAACUUAUUAUGGAACUUUGUUAAGAACUAUUGUAAAGUAUUAUUGAGUCAACCUUUAGAAAUAGUUAGAUUAGUAUUACAAGUUGGUGAAUUUGAUUUUAAUAAAAAGUCAUCUGAUAGUAAAUCAACAAUCACCACUAAUAAUGAUAAGAGAUUAUUAACUAACUCUGAAAUACUUGAUAAUGAUGAUAAUACUUCUGAUUAUGAAGUAAACUAUUUCCAAUCUCCUAGUGAAAGUUUACAUUAUUCUAAUAGAUUUGAUUCCGUAUCAUCUCCUAAAAAGAAAGCAAAUAAACGUUCAUCAUCUAAGAAGAAUAAAAAGUAUAAAAUUCAACCAAUUUCCAUGCAUACUGUAGAUAUUAUGUCAGCUAUACUUGGGAAAGAUGGACCAUUUGCAUUAUUCAGAGGAAUUAAUGCAUCAUUUAUUCAUCAAACUUUAUCUCAUACUAUAGAAGCAUGGAUUACAGGAUUUAUAUCUCCAUUCUUAGGUAUUCCUGAUCCAUUCUUUUUAGAUUUAACUCAUUCUAAUGAUCCUUUAAGAAGUUUAUGGUUAAGUGUUUCAGCAUGUGUUUUAACUGGAUUAGUAUUAAUGCCUUUAGAUUUAAUUAAGAUUAGAUUAAUGAUAACUCAAUUUAACAAACCUACUUUAGAAGAUAAACAAUCUGGAAAUUUUGAUGGAUAUAUAUCACAAGAAUCUCUGAUUGCAAAUUUGGCUAAUUCAACUACAGUAAUAAAUAAUACUCAACCAACAAGUACAAGAUCAGUUCGAGAAUCAAUUCGAAAUUAUCCUUUACAAUAUUUACUUUAUCCUCCAUCAACAAUUGUAUUAUUAACCAUAUUUCAUCAAUUUUCAACUAGUAUAUUCCGGAAAACUGCUCCUUAUAUGUUAUUUAUUAGAUUUAAUAUUGAUUCUUAUUCAUCACCCAAUGUUUAUACUUUUGUAAAUUUAAUACUGUUAAUAAUGGAAUUUUUCAUUAAAUUACCAGUUGAAAAUUUAUUAAGAAAGGAACAAGUAAGAUUUUUAUUAAAGCCUAAAUCAUUAAUUGAAGAUCCAUAUCGUGUAUUAACUAUUGAUAAUCCAGAUGAGAAUUUAAUUGUUGAAUUUAAUUCUACAUGGAGUGAUAAACCAUCUAUUAAUAGAGAAGGUAAUGGUGAUAAUGAAGAUGAUUUAGAUAACAGAAGUUAUUGGGAGAAGGUAAAGAGUCUUGGAUUAUUCAAUGGUUGGAGAGUUGGUGUAUUGAAUGUUAUUGGAUUCUGGGGUUAUAAUAUAAUUAAGAGUAAUGGAGCUGAAUUACGAGAAGAAAGAUUAUAGGACUAUUACUAUUCCUCUCUCCCCAUAAAAAUAAAUAGUUAGUAGUAAUCUGUGUAAAUAGUGAUAC